AGUAAACGCAGCACAAGCUGAUAUAUCAUUCACAGGACACAGCAGAGUUUGGGAUCUAUCACUUAGACACUGACUGUCUGAAACGAAUCCUGGGACUCAACAAGCAGCUGGAUUAUACUGAUUGUAAAACUGACGCCGCAUUUUCUACAGAUAUUAUUCAAACCUUGUGGAUUAUUUUACUUGCAACAUGACUCUGGAAGAAGUCGUUGGCUGCAACACCACUGAAAAAAAGAUGGAAACUGUAAACCAAGCUUUAGAAGAAUUGCUGGCCGCGGCACAGAGGCGACACUGCUUAACUGUGGGAGUCUACGAGUCUGCAAAACUGAUGAAUGUUGAUCCCGAUAGCGUUAUUCUUUGCAUUCUAGCGACCGACGAGGAAGACGAGGGGGACAUUGCCUUGCAAAUCCACUUCACCCUCAUUCAAGCAUUCUGCUGUGACAACGAUAUCAACAUCCUGCGAGUGUCCGGCAUGCAGAGACUAGCCGAGGUUCUGGGCGAAACCAAUGCGGAGAGCAACGGCAACGAACCGAAAGACCUGCACUGCAUCCUUGUCACUAAUUCCCACACGGAUACUUGGAAAAACCAAGCUCUCGAGGAAGUGGGCAGCUACUGCGCCGCAAGCCGCUGCAAGAACCAGUGGAUCCCCUACAUCUCAAUGCAACAGCGCUGAAUACAAACAACGGCGUGAGAAGGAGCGCACAGGGAAGAAAUUUUAAACAACAAAGAAUAAUACAAUUACACGUCACAUUCUUGGGUGAAAACCAAAGUGAACACAAGACAAACUAACCGUUAGCCCUGGCUGAGCUGAGAGGGUGAAGAAGCCGGGCAGAGGUUAAAGGAUAAUGGGGGUGGUGCAACCGACUCAGCCGUGGCGUUGCAACUCGGAAUGGGUUGAACAGGAGGACACGGCUGGAGGGCGGAGAAGCCGGAUUUGCUCCAGGUCAGCUGUUCUGCCUGUGACGGAGAUCGUUCCGCCCCGAUUCAGUGUCAGGAGGUGUGCCGAGUAGACUCUUCCAGGACAAUUUUAAGGAACGUCGUGGGGCUGUGUGCCAAUGAGUUUGGCUCAGAAAACUGCUGAAACACGUCUGCACUGACUAUCCAUUUCAGUUGUAUUUGUCGCAGGAGAAAGUCUGACGAGCUGUUUUAAAAUGAACACAAAGCUUAAAUGCCGACUGAAAAGUUGACUGGCGUUCGAGCUGCGCCACAUGUAACUGUAAACUACAGUUCUUUGACAAAGAAAUCCGAUUAUUAACUUAUUCUUUUUGAAGUCAAACCGAACUGCUGUAACUAAUGGUGCACAUAACUUUGGGACGCUGUGCAAAAAAAGUCAACUUGUGAAGUGUUAUAAAAAAUAUGCCAGUAUGUAUCUGUCUGCGAAUUUGGCAUUUAUUGCUAUUUUUCAAUAAAUUAUUUAACUGAAA